UUGUGCAUUUCCCUUGGUUUGGAUGCUAAGACUGUCCUUCUCGACACACCGUAGUUAGAAGUGCGGAAAUGUGGCGAACUGAGAGAAAGUUGUUUAACGAGUUCGCUGACAUGUGAGCAAGAAGAGACCCCCUCUUAGUUAGCGGACGGCGCCCUAGACUCCUGCGCUUUGUCCUAAACUCCACCUCAUCCAUAACCAUGAGCAGCUUGGAAGAGGCGACCGAGGAGGAUGCGCCCAAAAAGGGGGACGUGUGGGCGUCGUCGGUUCGCUGCCUGGGCUACCUGUCCAGCCUGAACCUGAUGGUGGCCGUGUGUCUGGGCAUGUACGUGCGCUGGGAGCUAUCUUCCGAGCCCAUGAUCCUGGUCAUCUUCAUUCUGGGCCUGUUUGUGCUGGGCAUCGCCAGCAUUCUCUACUACUACUUCUCCAUGGAGUCAGCCAGCUUGAGCCUCUUCCACCUGUGGAUCGGCUUCCUGCAGGGCCUCCUCUGCUUCAUCAACAGCCCGGCGCUGGAGGCCGAGGUCAAGGAGCAGGUGGCCAACUACCUCCUCUUGGCAAGCGUGUCCGCCCGCGUGCUCUGGGCGCUGACGGAGCGCAUCGGGGGCAGCGCCCGCUACUGUCCCGCGCUGCUCACCUCCGAGGAGCUGCUGGAGCUGCUGGGUUUUGGCAUUGCCAGCACCACCCUGAAGCUGGAGAAGCCGGCAGCACUCUUGGCCCUGGUGUUGGCCCUGGCCGCCACCGUGGUGGACCUGCGCAUGAAGUCUGUCCUGGCCUUACCCAUCCUGGCCUGCUUCACGAUAGUAACGUCCGCGUUCUUCUUCCAGGCCUUGCACAUCCGGGCCAACCCGUUCGCGCUGGGCUGCUACCUGGGCCGGCUAGUGUGUGACCCCCUGCUUGACGUCUACUUCAACGGGUUGGCCCCCACCGAGCGGUGGCGCCCGUUCCUCUCGCUGGGCCGCCUCUGGAGGAUGCUCUCGCUGCUGCCGCUCGGACUGCUCGAGGGGGCCUUCUUUGGACUGUGCGCUGUCAAGCUGGGCAACCUGGAGAUGUGGUACCUGGUGAUCCCGGGUUUCUGCGUGUUCGGGCUGUUCUGGGUGCUGUGCCACGCAGUGUUCCUGGCGUCGCUCUGGGGCUUCCACAACAAGCUCAGCGAGUGCCAGAAGGCCCACCGCGCUCAGGCCUCCGAGCUGCGGCCGAUCGACCGAGUCAUGGGGGCCAGGGGCAUGCGCCACUUCUGCCUGGUGUUGGAGAGACUGAUGUUCUUCAGCCUGCUGUCCACAGCCAUACUGGGGGCCGUGUCCUGGCAGCUCGAUAAAGGGUUGUUUAUGGGGGUGUUGCUGGUGGUGCUGCCAUUAGAGUCUCUGGCCCUUGGCCUCUUCCAUGAGCUGGGGAGCUGCCUCGGUGGCACCUACGCCGGAUACGCCGUGGUCAUCCCUACCUGCUACCACAGUGCUGAUGGCCAGCCGGUCCUCCUCCCCCCUGAGCAGGUGCAGGAGCUGAACGCGCGCUCUACCGCCACCCUGUCUGCCGUACAGCGCCUCUUUUCCCACCACCUCAUCCACACGUUCGGCUGCGACUACUCCACCAGCGGCCUGACGCUGGAGGCCCUGCUGGCCAAGCUACGCGCCUUCCUGGAGCUGCAGACGGCCGAGGGCCCGCGCCACGACACCUACCUGCUCUACUACAGCGGCCACACGCUACGCACCGGAGACUGGGCUCUGGCAGGUGGGGACACCUUCCGUCUGGACCAGCUUCUGGUCCUGUGGCAGGAGCGGAAUGCGGGCCACUGCUCGCGCCUCAUCCUGGUCCUGGACACGGACAACUCCCCACCCUGGGUCCGCAGCGUGCGCCGCGUGGAGGGCCUCUACGUAGCCAUACAGGGCACCCAGCUCCACGCGACAGGCGGCGACCCAGAGGCCGGCGACAUCUCGCCGCCGUGCCUGGGCGACUUCACGGCUGCAUGGGUGGACUACCUCUGCAGCACCACAGCGGGCGACGGCAGGCCUUGGGCGGAGCACGCGCGCCCCGGCGUGGAGGCGGACUACGGCGUGUCCAAGCCCUGGGCCGACUACACGCUCCACCAGCCCACGGCCAGCGACGUGAGCAGCCACUGGGAGGCGCACUUCCCCCGCGUCACCUACCCGGCGCUGGCCGUGGCCAACUGGUGCUGCGCGCUGCAGCCGCUCUGGGCCUGCGAUGCCUGCAUGCGCUGCUUCCGCCGCCUCAAGCUGUCCUGGUGGCCGCCCAGUGUGCUGGACACGGGACAGGGCAUCCGACUGGUACACUCCUGAAAGGACUGUUUCUCGCUCACACACACACACACACACACACACACACACACACACACACAUAUAUACACACACACACACACACCCAUCCAACUGGUGCAUUCCUGACGGCGACAGGACUGUUACAUGUGUGCCAACUCCGAUGGACUGCACCCUGAUGUUGCGUGAGGCCAAACCGCCCAACACUCACAAACGCACUCGACCGCAGACACACGCGCCAUGCUGGUCCGCUACUGUGAUGCUGACCUGAGGUGAACCUUAGUCAGUGCCAUCUUGCCAUUUUUGAUGCCACAUUGCACUUCAGAGUUUGAUUGCUGUUACAGAUUGCCAAGCUAGCCCACCCUCUACUUAAACACACACACAUGCACGCACACUUACACACACAGACACACACACACACACACACACACACAUACAUGGAAAUGAAGCACAUAAACUCAUACACACACAGACACACGCAUGCAGACCACACUUGUGCACUCAAAAGUAUACAUACACGCUCACAGAAUCACAUGCCCUCAACACUUUCACUCUUUCGACUUCAGACAUAGACACACACACACACACACACAGACACACACAUCGUCGCAGAAUCACAGACACUUUUGUUCCCUAGCGGUAAGCUUUUGUUUACGGUCUAUCGCCUCUAUUCCUCCUCUCUCCUGUUCUGUGUAAUAUUGGAUUCUCCUCUGUGCCUUCUGCUUCUGAUGUGCCUGAAGGAGGGAAAAAAAGAACCUUUGACUGUGCUGCCUUACCAAAAAAAAAAAAAAAAAAAAAAAACAUCGACCUGGAUGUACAUUCCAUCGGUUCUCUAAGGACAUGUCUAGAGCCGCUCUUUAUUUCUCUUAAAGCCCCUUCAUGUCGACUCCAUUCCCACAAGUCGUGCCUUUUCUUCUACAUGCCCGUGUUUUUUGUUUAUUUGUUUGUUUUCUUUCAAAUCCUCUUAAGGGAAACCACAUUUUUGAUGAAGAUGUUACUUUCUGCUGGUUUUCUUCCUCGUGGGUUUUAAGGAAGCACAUGAACAGUAUUCACUCACUGAGAUGACCUCACACAAGUUGACAUGCCCCGAUAGGCACGGAUUGUAUCAUCGAUUAGCACAAGCCGCUAUGAUGAUUUCCUCGCUGUCCCUCGUGUCGACUGAAACGUCUCGUUCCUCUGAAAAGAUUACUGCUUUCUCGGAAAGAGGCGCUUAGUCGCACGGGGACUAACCAGCCUUGUGGUUACCUCGACAGUAAAUUCUUGAGCCAUCGUAGAAACCUCACACAGAGAGAAGACAUUGACCUGACUGAAGGUCAGCUUUGGCGAACUGUGGUACUCCACUGGAAGAUUUUUUUUUUUUUUUUUUUUGACCUCUGACCCCUCCCAGUGUUGCGCUAAGCUUGGGAUUCACUUAAUGCUUUAAGAGCUAUUUCUCAAACGAGAGUUUUUUGGGAUCUUCUUUUUUUUAUGUGCCAACAUGCCUUAACUAGAUAAUGUAAUGAACAAGCAUUAAAGAUAUGGUAUGUCUUUGUUACUGUCUCUGA